GGCUCGCCCGUGCAGCCGCGAUGUCCGGCGGCCCGCCCUCCGCCCGGGUCCCCGGCCCACCGCGCAAUUAGCGUUCGUGCGCCCUGAGCGCGCCGCUGCCAACGCCGCGCCCCGAAGCAGCGAUGGGCAACACGGCGCACAGGACCCUGCCAGACUCCAGCCCUCCCGCCCGCCUCCUGUCCACCCGGCCGUGCUGUGGGCCUGGCCCCGAGCGGCGCCCGGUCCUGGGGGAAGCCCCGCGUUUCCACGCGCAGGCCAAGGGCAAGAACGUGCGGCUGGACGGCCACUCGCGCCGGGCCACGCGGCGCAACAGCUUCUGCAACGGGGUCACGUUCACGCAGCGGCCCAUCCGGCUGUACGAGCAGGUGAGGCUGCGCCUGGUGGCCGUGCGCCCGGGCUGGAGCGGCGCGCUGCGCUUUGGCUUCACGGUGCACGACCCGUCGCUCAUGAGCCCGCAGGACAUCCCCAAGUACGCCUGCCCGGACCUGGUCACGCGGCCCGGCUACUGGGCCAAGGCGCUGCCCGAGAACCUGGCGCUGCGCGACACGGUGCUGGCCUACUGGGUGGACCGCCACGGCCGCGUCUUCUACAGCGUCAACGACGGCGAGCCCGUGCUCUUCCACUGCGGCGUGGCCGUGGGCGGCCCGCUCUGGGCGCUCAUCGAUGUGUACGGCAUCACCGACGAGGUCCAGCUCCUCGAGUCAGUCUAUGCCAGAGAACUCAUUCAUUCAUUCAUCAUCCAAGGCGACGUGCACCUGGGCGUCAACGGGCGCCCGCGCGGCCGCCUGCUGUGCGUGGACACCACGCAGGCGCUUUGGACCUUCUUCGUCGUGCGGGGCGGCGCCGCCGGCCAGCUGCGCCUGCUCGGCACCCUGCAGUCCAGCCCUGUGAUCCCGUCUCCGUCGGGGUCCCUCAGCGGCUCCCAGGACGAUAGCGAUUCCGAUAUGGCCUUCAGUGUCAACCAGUCCUCCUCGGCAUCCGAGUCAUCCCUGG